AUUAAAAUUCAAUGCUACAAAUAGCCAGAAAUCUAAUCAAACACACUCAUUUAUUUAAAAUUAGUAAAAUGCCUCCAAAAAUAAGUAUUUUUUGUGCUUUAAAUUCAAAAGCUACUGAUUCUAAUUAAAAUGAGAAUGUAUAGAAGGAGAAUAAGAGCAAAAGCCAAAAUUAAAAGGAAGCACCUAAACUUAAAAAUGAGAAAAAAGGUAAUCCAAAAAUUUUAAAACAAUAAACUCUCAAAUUAGUAGAUAAGAAAGGAUAAAUAGUUGAUUUAACAUAAAAGAAGUUAGACUUGGGAGAUGGAAUAUUUUCAUAGGAUAAAUUGAAAAUCUCAAGUUGGAACAUUAAUGGACUUAGAGCUUCAUCUAAAAAAGAAAGUGCAGUAUCAUAUUUAAAUGAUAAGAAAGUAUGCUGAAAUUUGAAAAAUUAGUUUGACAUCAUUUGUUUAAAUGAAUUAAAGGUUGCUCAAGAAGCAUUUGAAAAAGAAAAUUUAAUUACUAAAUUACCUAAAGAUUAUUAUGCUUAUCUAAAUUUUUGUAAAAUCAAGGCAGGAUACAGCGGUGUCGCUAUAUUAUCCAAGUAUUUAAUCCUAUGCAUUUCAUAGAGUGAAACCUAUUUCAAUAAAAUACGACAUGGGAAUUGAAAAGCAUGACUAAGAAGGAAGAAUCAUUACAGCUGAAUUUGAGAAAUUCAAUCUAGUGGCAUGCUAUAUUCCUAAUUCUGGGGAUAAGCUGGAUAGGUUGAAUUAUAGAACAUAAGAAUGGGAUGUUGAUUUUUAGAAUUAUCUUGAUUAAUUAAAAUAGACCAAGAACACUAUUAUAUGUGGAGAUCUAAAUGUAUCUCAUACAGAAAUAGAUUUAGCCAAUCCUGAGGGAAAUAAAAGAAGUGCAGGGUAAUUUAGUUAUUUAAGAUUAAAGGUUUACUUAAGAGGAGAGGGAUUCUUUUUCAAAGUUUCUAUCGAAAGGAUGGAUUGAUACAUUCAGACAUUUACAUCCUAAAGAGAUUAAAUAUAGUUAUUUUAGUCCAAGAUUCAAUUCAAGGUGAGAAAUAAAUCACAAUAUUAAAAGGGAGACCAACAAGGGAUGGAGAAUCGAUUAUUUUCUAGUUAAUCAAGAAGCCAUUGGUUCAGUUAUACAAUCGGAUAUCAGCACUACAAUUAUAGGAAGCGAUCACGUUCCUAUUGAAUGCGACAUCGACCUCACCAAAUUGUGA